GUUUUUAUUCAUAAUCCUCACGCCCGUGGACAGAGAACAAGCACAAACCGAAUGGUGCAAAUUAACCAAGACUCGGACAUCUCCCUUCUCAGCAUUAAUCAAGGGAUCAGUUGUCUUGCUUCAGGACUGCUGAACCCUCAGCUUGGUUAUGAUUGUCUUCUGGUUGGAACACAGACUAAUUUGUUGGCUUAUGAUGUAUAUAACAACUCAGAUUUGUUUUACAGAGAAGUUUCAGAUGGAGCCAACGCAAUAGUUCUUGGGAAUCUGGGAGAUAUUUCCUCUCCGCUUGCUAUUAUUGGUGGAAACUGUGCCCUUCAGGGCUUUGAUUAUGAAGGAAAUGACCUUUUUUGGACAGUUACUGGAGACAACGUUCGUUCGUUAGCACUGUGUGACUUUGAUGGUGAUGGCAAAACUGAGCUUCUUGUUGGCUCUGAAGAUUUCGACAUCCGGGUGUUCAAAGAAGAUGAGAUUGUGGCAGAAAUGUCAGAGACAGAGACUGUUACUGCACUUAGCCCCAUGUGUGGCAGUUGGUUCGGCUAUGCUCUUUCUAAUGGGACAGUCGGGGUUUAUGAGAAGGCAGCCCGUUACUGGAGGAUUAAGUCUAAAAACCAAGCGAUUAGUAUACAUGCGUUUGACCUGAACUCUGAUGGUGUAUCUGAGUUGAUCACUGGCUGGUCCAAUGGGAAGGUUGAUGCACGCAAUGACCGAACUGGGGAGGUUAUCUUUAAGGACAACUUUGCUUCCUCAAUUGCAGGAGUGGUGGAGGGGGAUUACAGAAUGGAUGGGAGCAACCAGUUAAUCUGCUGUUCAGUUGAUGGUGAAAUUCGAGGCUAUCUGCCAGGAGGUGAGGAGAUGAAAGGAAACCUAAUGGAUACAAGUGCUGAGCAGGAUCUGAUCCGAGAACUUAGUCAAAAGAAACAAAAUCUGCUGCUGGAAUUAAGAAAUUAUGAGGAAAGUGCAAAGGCUGAACUGAACACUAAGAAAAUAGAUGGGCAGAGAGGUGUGAUUCCAGCAAAUACCCAACUCCAGACAGCCCUCUUGGUUAAUCUGGGCUCUGACAGCCGGUCUGCCCAUGUGGAGCUGUGUAUUUCCACCACAAAUGACACAAUCAUCCGUGCUGUGCUGAUCUUUGCUGAGGGCAUAUUUGAAGGAGAGAGCCAUGUGGUACACCCCAGUCCCCAGAAUCUCUCGGGCUGUAUUCGUGUUCCACUUACUCCAGCCAAGGAUGUUCCUGUGGAUUUGCACAUCAAAGCCUUUGUGGGUUACAGGAACAGCACACAGUACCAUGUAUUUGAGUUGACAAGACAGCUUCCCCGCUUCUCAAUGUACGCCCUGAGCAGCCUGGACUCAACCACAGAGCCCCUGAGCUAUGUUAACUGUACUAUGAACGAGAGGCCACAAAGGAUUGUAAUGUGGCUGAAUCAGAGCUUCUUGCUACCAGAGGAUGUGGAAUUUCAGAGCGUUCCCUUUCAGGUUUGCUUCACUUCCCUUCGUAAUGCAGGUCAGCUCUGCAUCAAAAUCAAGCCUGGUGGAGAGAUUUCCAUCAAUACUGAUGAUAUUGAUCUAGCUGGUGACAUUAUCCAGUCCAUGGCCUCCUUUCUGGCCAUUGAAGAUUUGCAGGUGGAAGCAGAUUUCCCUGCAUACUUUGAGGAGCUGCGAAAAGUGUUGGUCAAGGUGGAUGAACACCAUGCUGUGAAUCAGAGGCUCACUGCCGACAUGGCUGAACACUCCAGACUCAUCUGCAGCAUGCUGCUUCAGGCAGAAGACGCACGAUGCCAGGGGGACAUGAAAAACAUGAAGACACGGUACAUUGAGUUGUAUGAUCUUAACAGAGAUUUAGUAAGUCAAUACAAAAUACGUUGCAACAAUCACACGGAGCUGUUGAAUAACCUGAAGGCUGUGAAUCAGGCAAUCCAGAGGGCUGGGCAUUUACGUGUUGGCAAACCUAAAACACAAGUGAUCAGUGCUUGUCGGGAUGCAAUAAGAAGCAACAACUCUCAUACACUGUUCAGGAUAAUGCGGGUGGGAGCAGCCUCUUUGUGAGAAGAGGAGCAGCAGUUGCCUAGAGGCAGCGUUUGCAGGCAGAUAACAGACCAGGAACAAGCAGCAGUUAAUUCAGUCCCCUACUCUCUAGAGUGAAGUCGUUGCAAAGGUAGCAUUGU